UUAGAUGCCCUCCCACCCCCACCCUAUUAAGCCCUAGCCGAUCGCAACCCGAGGCCGAUGACCCAUGGCCACCGGGGAAAGGGCACCGGGAGGAAAGAUCUCCGACGCCGACGUCGCAGGGGGUGGCGGUAGACGGUGGGAUGACCUAAACCGGGACCUCCUGGUGGCGAUCUUCGGGAGGUUGGGGGUGGCGGAUCUCAUCGCUGGCGUCCCUUUCGUCUGCUCCUCAUGGCGCGACGCCGCGCGGGAUCCCCUCUGCUGGCGGGAGCUCGACUUCCGCGAGUGGGAACCCCUCUCCCGCCGCCUCGGCGCCCAUGGUGACGACCACGCCGACUUCACCGGCAUCCUCCACUCGGUCAUCGCCCGCGGCCAUCAGCUCCUGAAAUCGAUCUACUUCCCCUUCUUCGCCGACGACAUUGAUCUCUUAUAUGUUGCAGAAAGGUGUCCAGGGUUGCAUUAUUUCAGUCUGCCAAACCCAGAAAUGGACGAGGAAAUGUUCCGCAAGGCUGUUGGAAAACUCGCGUUCCUCAGAGGCAUGGCGGUGGACGAGAAUCUCAUCAGGAGUGAAGUCCUUCUACACGUUAACCAAUGCUGCGCUUCCUUAAAGGAGCUCAGCGUUUUUUCUGAGUUCGUGGAUGAAGAUAUGGCGUCCGUGAUCUGCAAGUCCCUUCCCUCUCUUCGGAAGCUUGAGAUAACAGAGUCCGUCAUCUCCUCACAAGCUAUAAUUACCUUUAUAGAUGGAUUAAAGGAACUUGAGCAUUUUGACAUUUCUGGAUACGAGAAUUCCGCAAUCACUGAUGUGGUUCUUCAGAAGGCUUCUCGUCUGAAGGUGUUUAUAUGGAACUCGAGGUUCGAGUUGGGUGAAUUCAUGGACUGCUCCAACUGCGGGGAGGACUGGCUCCUACAGAGAUCCUGUGAGUGCAUGCUGGACCGAAAGGUGAUGGAGUGGCUGACAGAACUUUCUUGAUGUGCUGCAAUGGUUAUGAGUUGGAUAUGCAAUAAAUACAUGCUCACGUACAGGUAUAACCUAAUGCAGAGAAUUAUGCACUCGUUUACUCUACAUGGUGAAAAUCUGGCUUUCUUAAAUUGGCCUUUUUCUUGUGUAUACAAAUAUGGAAUUUAUCUUGGGACCUACCUUAGUUAUGUCUGUAUUUAAAUGUCAUUACUUUGGCAAUGCUUUGCUUCUGUUGUUGAAAAGCAUGUCCAUACUAUGGAGUUUAUCUUCCUUACUCAUGACUGUAUUUAAAUGCCAUUACUUUGGCAAUGCUUUGCUUCUGUUGUUGAAAAGCAUGUCCAUACUAUGGAGUAUAUCUUCCUUACUUA